CUUCACCGUCUAAUUAAUUGUUUUUACAAAAAUAUUUAACUAGCAAUAAAAUAUAUUUUCCCUUAGUAAUGUAGAUCAGUUUGUAAAAUAACAUAAUUAACGACAAGAUUAAUAAUCGCUGGUGUAUUCGGUUGUUGAUCGAUUUAUUAAGAAUUCUAGUCAUGAAUUCUGUUGAGAGGAAUCAAGUUGAAAUAUAUGACUAAAAGCUUUUAUGAAACUAACUUUGUGAUAUACUGCAAUGGAUAUAUCGAGUAGCAAAAAUGUAGCUGGCACAAGGCAUCAACUCACUGGAGUUUUAUAUAAAUAUACUAAUGUAAUGAAAGGAUGGCAGCAUCGAUGGUUCUCAGUGGAUCCACAAUCGGGUACAUUUAGUUAUUAUUUGUGUGAAGCUGGUCCUGGAGAUGUUAUGAGUCCGCUUGGUUCAGUGCCGAGAGCUGAGGUUCAUUUGGCUGCCGCAGUCAUAUGUCCAAGUGACGAAGACUCGAAGUCGUUUACCAUAAAUUGCGCAUCUGGUGAUAUUCUGAAACUGCGGGCAGAAGACGCUAGGGCCAGACAAGAAUGGGUUGAUGGGCUUCGAGCUAUCGCAGAAUCUCAUACGAAGGUAUGGAUAAGUAGUGCGCGAUAAAUAUUUGGAAAC